AUGGGUAUCAAAAGCGACAAAAAAGCUACCAGCGAUCAAGCGCGACUUCAGCGACUCACACUGGACGGAGUUUCCGGCACAGAGGAGGACAUGCAGUUGAUGAUUAAGACCAUUACCGAAACCACCGGAUGCACAUCAGCACAAGCCGAGAUAGCGUUGCUGGACAGAGACAUGGUUCUGUACAGCGCAAUCGAUUACAUCUUGGAGGCUGGCGACAAACUCGACUCAUGGACCGAACAGAAGGGACCAAAGAAAGAGAAGAAGAAGUCGGAUGAAGGCAGUUUCAACAGCAGAAACUUCCAGGGCAGAGGCGGCAGAGGUGGAAGCACCGGUUUCGUCGACAGAGGUGGCCGCGGCCGUUCAAGCGGAGCGACACCACGCGAGAGCCGAGACACCCGGGAUAAUAAUCGUGAGAAUCGAGAGCCACGCGAGUUCCGUGAGCCCCGUGAGCCAAGAGGUGAUUAUAAAGAAGGAGGUCGAGGAGGUGAUUUCAAAGAAGGUGGAUCAUCGCGCCCGAGCCGUGGUGGAUUUGAAAGACCGUACGUUGGACGUGGACGAGGAGGCGGAAGCAGAGGAGGAUACUCCAGAGCUGUGGCUCCAUCGUCAACUCUUGAUCCAGAUGCAUUCACUGCUGAUCUUGAAGAUAACUCGACCAAAGUUGAUACCAACGUCACCGAAGUGCAACCACCAGUCGAGGAAUCUGUCACCGCUACCGUACCAACUUCGUCGGCUCCAGCUCCAAUCUCGUUCGCCGCUGUUGCAGCUGCCGCUCACCGUAAGGAGGCCCUACGAAAGCAACAAGCACAGAAUCCGCAACCAGCACCACCACCAAGGCGGAGUCUGUCUCCACAACCACCGCUUCCAUCACAAGCCGCUCCAGAAGAGAGUCCGGUGAAGGAGGAGCAAGAGCCAGCACAGUUCUCGGAUGAACCAGAAACUUCGCAACAGCAAGAUGAAGGAUACUUCCAGGACGAACAGGCCCCAGCGGUUGAAGAGCAGACGCCGAACGUGUCAACUCACCAUGAUGAAAAUGUACAAAGCUCACCAGAUCAAGCCAAUCAGGCGUGGACCAAUCAACUGAAGUCAUCGCUCGGAAUUGGAAUUCACGAUGCACAAGAAGCUGUGUCCCCAACCCCGAGUGCUGCUCCAGUUCAGACCCUCCCUGAUCCAGGAGUUGAAUUUGUUGGAACCACUGCUCCAACCAACCUCCACGACUACUCAUUUGGAUUUGUUGAUGCUCCCCCAAGCCCACAACUCCCACAACCUUCCGAACCAUCCGCUGCAUCGAUCUCUACAAACAAUGAAAACCUGUUUAACUCGCCCCGAAUGAUCCCGAAACAAGUUGAGGUGAGUUUGUCGAAUUGGAACUUUCCAGAACGAUCGCUUCCAAAUGGCGAUUACAACUUGAAAUCCUCCUCUCCACCGUUGGGAUACGGACAAUCGAACCGAGGACUGUCGUAUGACACUUCAUCCUCCUCGUACCCACCAACGGAUCGCCUGUCGUCCUCGAACAAGUUCAACAAUCCUGGACAGCUUCCGUCGCAACAAUCAUCGCAACAACCACAGCAGCAAGUGCAGCAGCCGACUCAACAGCAGAAUACGCCACCGGCUCAGCAGCAACAAGGACACCCACAGCAUCCACAACAACACAUGCUGUUUGCCCCGCAGAUGCCGUACGGAUACAUGAACUCCUACAUGAACAUGUACAAUCCAAUGGGUGGAGUCCGCGAUGAUCAGUACGCUGCACUCAUGCAGUACGGAAUGGGAGUUGAUUUGAGCAAUCUGUCGACGAUUCUCCCGCAGUCUGCUUCCCAGACACUGACCUCAAAUGCACCACAAGUGCAAUCAGGACAGCAACGAGAGACUCAUGGACUUAUGGACUUCAACAAGUUCGGAUCACAAAGUGGACGUGAUCAGCAACCACAGCAGCCGUCGAAUGUUGGACCACCACCAGGGUUCCAAGCCAAUUCGUACAUGCAACAGCCAAACCUAUCGUCGUUGUUCAUGCAGCAGCCAUACCCGGCCGCUCCACACACCUUCGGAUUCAUGAACAUGAUGCCGAAUGUGGGAAACAGCGCCGGCGGCGGACGUCAGAUGUACGGACAGGACGACGAGCGCAAGAGCUACGAUAAGAUGGCCGGCGCCAAGCCGUCAACUGCACAGAAUCCGCACUCGCAGUAUCAACACAAUGGUGGAAAUCUCGGAAAAUAUGGCAACAUGAAUAAUAAGCCGUACAACUGGGGAAACUAA